AGUAAACUUCGUUCCCGGAAAGUCUCGCAACAAGUCAAACAUUGAAAUCAAAAGUCUGUUUUAUAAGGCUUUGGAUGCACAUGACAGGAUGGUAGGGGUUAAGAGUUUUGGUAAUACCUUUCAGCGUAGUCAAGGCAUGGGUGAAACUGUAGCGCAACUCUAGAUUGGUCGGACCGUCCCUCACAAGUAAAUGUUAGACCACGACAGUCAACCACGGAAUCAUCUCUUCACAUGUUUACUUUUUUCAUUCGGUAGGACGAGAACGAGUUGUGCGUGUGAGGGUACAUUUUCAAAAGCCAUGUUUUUGUACUUUCUACUCGAAGACAGGCCGAAGUCUGUUCUACGCCCAACGGACUAAAACUUAAUUUUCAAAGUUUGUAUGCGUUUAAGAAAUCGUUUACCAUUAACCUGCAAUCAGCCCUAACUUGUUGUGCCAUUCUAUUUUAGUUGUAUACGGUAUAUUUGACUGAAGUUGAUUGUGUGAGAGGAUGGAAUUUUAUUUAAAUACAUAAAUUCUGUUCAAACCUUUUUAGACUUCUUUCAACAAUAUUACUGACGACUCACCACGAGCGUCGUUUCUGGAGUUGCCUAUAAUAUGGAGAUUCCCGUUCCAUUAGGAGGAGUUUGUGACUCCCCUAACAUAGUUUUUCGAGGACCUUACCAAAACGUUUUUCACAACGUGCGAGUUGCACUGCCGAAUAACGCUGUCAACGAAAGCUUGGACUACAGUAGUUCCAAGUACAGUUUCUUGCAAAAUAAGCACUCCUGGGAGAUGUGCCAAACUAAUCGACUAUCACCGCGCAAAGAAAUAUGGCCAGGGACUGCUCGUAAUUCAGAUGCCGAGGUAAGAGAGGGUGACAGUAUUGGUUUUUACAGAACACUCGAAGCACAAGCAAGUCGUAUCCAUUUUGUUAAAAGCUCCACAGCAACAAAAAACGGGUUGAAUGGAUUAGAUAUUGCAGACAACGGAUCCUAUUGCACUGUCCCGCAAGUAUUCACGGAAAAACAACGCUGUCAACCAGCUGUGCCCCGUCACGGAAAGGAGUUAAGUCCUAACGGUGACGCCUGUGCGGGGAGUACCUGCUCCAACACUGCGUGCACCACCAUCUCAGAAACGGCGAGGGAGCUGUGCAAGGCUGUCUCUGUGUCUCUUGGACUUAACAUGGACUCGAAUGAGAUGACUGAUAUGGGACAUAAUCACAGUCUCUCCAUCUCAGAUGACCAAACUCAAGGAAACUACUUGUUUGACGUUCCUUUAAUUGAUUGUCCUGGGUCUGGAAAAGCUACCUCAGAUUAUAAGUGCCCUAUUGAUCGCGGUCCCAGAUCACUACAAAGCGAUAAAGAAAUUCCGAUGUAUAAAAGUUCCACCGUCACUGAAAUUGCAGAGAGCUCCGCGGCUCUCCAGCAUGUCGGUUCCGCACACCAAUCUAUGGACGGGCAGGAGUUUGGACUGAGUAUAAAUGAUGGUGACUUAACUUCAAAAGAAACAUCUAUGAAUAGAGAGGACGCGCCUUCUGUCUCUUGUCCCUUUGAUCAACUUUUUUACGCUAACUCGCCACAAUUCACUCAAAAUGACCCAGACAGCAGCUCGUCUCAUGUCUUCUACAAACCCCUUGCUCAAUUCGGUGAAACCGGAGAGACUAUGGAGGAUAAAUAUGUAGACUAUCUCCAUCAGCAGCACAGUGUUAAGGUUAAAUCUGAGGCCAUCAAUAAUGAAUCAUCAGGAACACCAUGGGGCCUGCAUUAUAGGUACAAUGAAAACGUACAUUAUGGACCCCCCAGACAGAACAUGAAUACAUGUAAUGCGGCACCAGAAGCAACGUUCAUAUGCAACCCGUAUGAAUACGACAAAGGGGGUCUCGUGCACCGCGAACGGACAAAUCUCGAGGCGUGGUACCCCGGCGGGAUUCUGGGACGGGUGACCUACCCCAACUCCAACUGCAUCAAGAAUGAAGUUGGUGACUGGCUGGAUGUAGCUUACAGUGACCCUAGGUUUGAAAGUGGCAGGGAGCACAUGUUCCCUAUGGAAUUCUUCUUCCCACCACAAAGAACCUGCUUGAUCUGUGCCGACGAAGCUUCUGGCUGCCACUACGGCGCUCUCACCUGCGGCAGCUGCAAAGUGUUCUUUAAGAGGGCUGCAGAAGGGAAACAGAAAUAUCUAUGUGCGAGCCGAAAUGACUGCACCAUCGACAAGCUCAGAAGGAAAAACUGCCCUUCGUGUCGCCUGAAGAAAUGUUUUGAGGCUGGUAUGACUCUGGGAGCUCGUAAACUCAAGAAGAUCGGACAGCUGAAGACUCAGGAAGAUGAUCAUCCCAGCCAGGGUCAUUGUGAGGCUGUCCAGGUCCUCUCCCCCAGGCCCAGCCUGAGCUUCCACUCCCAGCUGGUGUUCCUCAACAUCCUAGAGUCUAUCGAGCCCGAGGUGGUGAACGCCGGUCACGACCACGGGCAGCCAGACUCUGCCGCCAACCUGCUCACCAGUCUCAACGAGCUCGGGGAGAGACAGCUGGUCAAGGUGGUGAAGUGGGCGAAAGGCCUGCCAGGGUUUCGAAAUCUGCAUGUGGAUGAUCAGAUGACAGUCAUUCAGCACUCCUGGAUGGGGGUGAUGGUGUUUGCCUUGGGAUGGAGGUCCUACAAGAAUGUCAACGGCAGAAUGCUCUACUUUGCUCCUGAUCUCGUGUUCAAUGACCAUCGGAUGCAUAUUUCCUCCAUGUACGAGCACUGUCUCCGGAUGAGACACCUGUCCCAGGAGUUUGUGAUGCUCCAGGUCACACAGGAGGAGUUUCUCUGCAUGAAGGCCCUGCUUCUCUUCAGCAUCAUUCCAGUAGAAGGUCUUAAGAGUCAGAAGUACUUUGAUGAGUUGCGUUCUACCUACAUCAAUGAACUGGAUCGUCUCAUCAGCUAUGGGAGGAAGCCAAACUGCUCACAAAGGUUCUACCAACUCACCCGCCUCCUGGAUUCUCUCCAGCCGACCGUAAGGAAACUCCAACAGUUUACGUUUGACCUCUUUGUCCAGGCUCAGUCCUUGCCUACUAAGGUCAGCUUCCCUGAGAUGAUUGCUGAGAUCAUUUCAGUACAUGUGCCAAAGAUCCUGGCAGGUUUAGCUAAACCGAUUCUGUUCCACAAGUAGUGGGAUUGAUUAUCAUCUGAAGAAAAGAGCGGAUCUGAUCCUGCCUCGAAAAGCCAAGGUUCUGUAUUGCUUCCCUGCAAUUCUGUUUCUUUUUCUCCAACUUACCUGAUAGCUCAGUGUACCCUUUUAUAAUCAUUACAUCACCAGUAGCAGUAGUGUUCUUGCUUAUCUGACAUAAUUGAGAUCAUUUUCUCAAUUUGACAGCCAGGUUUUGGCAUUUAUCUCAAGAGUUGCAAAGUGUCACCUUGUUGACAGCCCUAUCUCAUAUUUCUGGGGAAGGAAAAUCACAUAGUACUUCUAGGGUUCUAUCCGAAGUGAGAUGAAAACACCAUCCAUUACUGAUCGAUUAACUCAUCUAUGCACAAAUUGGAACAUGUAAGAUCUUGAUAUGUACAUUUUGAAUUGUUUAUCUAAAGUUAUGCAGAUAAUUCCUGAAUACUUCUUCAUAUACAUACACAGUAGUUUAACUGUAUUUAGUAACUGUUCCAUUCAUGUAUUAGACUAUGUACCCACAGUACAGUUAUCACACAUACAAUACAAAAUACAUCAAAAUAGUAGUUGCACCUACAGCUUUCUGGUAUACAGUUUAGAUCAGAUACAUAUAUACGCACAGCUUUUCUAAUGAUGCUGUCAUGCUUUUAUCUAGUUUUAAUUUGUAAAUGAAUGUGCUUUUUUUACCAGUUCUGUGGAUCUCUGUUUAGAAUCUAAAGAUCAAACUCAAAGUGCAACUUGUUUAAAUAUUGUUUGACUAAUAAUUGGGAAAAUUGAUGGUCAAACCAAACAUACAUAAAUUGUUUCACCAGUUUCAAUGUUUAAAACAUGCUGGUUUUGCUUGCCCUUACCAACCCAUCUCUGUAUUUGAACACAAGUUAUUAGUGGCAUCUGAACAAAGAUGAACUGGUCAUCUUUAAUCAGUGCUUGUUAAAAUGGAAUUAAAUGAAUUUAAUCUAAACAUGACAUGACCUGGCAUAUUAGUAGCAGUUGAAAUGGUAUAAACAUUGCAGUCAAAAAAGCGAUUUUUAUGACCUUGACAUUUGCGAUAACUAAAGUGUUAUUUGGGAUUCACAGAAACAUUAUACUUUCUUUAAUCCAGUUACAAUAUGCUGUUAAUGUGAAUAUAGCAACAAUAUUUUAAGACAAUCUUGCUCACUGUACCAAGGACCGUGAUUUGUGUUUGUGAUAUUGCAAUACCUGUGAGCUUUACUAACUGCAUGCAGAUUCCAUGUGGCCCUUUGUAAUUUUCUAAAACAUAAAAGUGUACUUUAUAUCUUGCAAGUAGUCCCUAUAGUACAACUAUGAUUGUUACUGUUUUCAAUAAUCUCGUCUAACUGCAUGUUUAAAUUGUAUUAGUGUAGAUUCAGUAAAGAAGUCAAAUAGAAGUAAAAUAGUAUUGUGCUUGACCAUGAUCAUUUGAAACAUAUACCAUUUUGUCCACAAGAAGAUUGCUUUAUGUUACUUUAGGGUGAUCAAAACUACAAUAAGUUCCAAAAUAUGACUAUUCAUUUGCCCUAGCUAAUCACUGAGUCACAUGGACCUUCUGACACUGCAUUCUUACGCCAAAAAUGUUUUCAUACACAAUGCGAAACACCAAUCAAGUGAAACAUUUAAUUACAAGUAAGGUAGUUUCUAUGUGGCAUUUUAAUAUGGCACUUAACAAGAGUCUUCUUCUGUUAGCUGUGGCAUAAAUUGCUCUACUGAAUUAAAUCGUAUCGUAUUUUAGGUGUAACAUCUGUAAAUGUUCUGUGUAAAACCUGUAAAUGUGUUAAAUGUCUUAAACUUGCUGAAACUUUCAUGCUGCUUACACAAAAAUAAAAAUAAACAAAUACACUUGGAAUAAAAAAUGUAUGACCUUGACACUUGAUUAAAGUAUAGUAGUUCAAUAACAAAUAAAUCAGCAAUUCAAAAUUGAAUUAGCAUUCAAAUUCGCUUUGUAUUUGACAGUCACAAGCACUAAGCAAUAACUUGCAGUUGUUCAUCCAUUUACAAUAAGACUGGUUAUUAAAACAUGCAUAAACUGUGAGAAGGUAACCAAGUAUGUAAUAUCAACAUGGUUUUGACAGACACAACCCACUGAAAUCUUAAAAUAUGAAAGUGUGUUUGACCAAUCUUGUUGUAAAAGCAACAACAUACAUAUUUUACAACUACUAUUAUUAUUCUCAUGACUAAACAACGUAUGUCUGUGAUUAUUUGCAGGCAAUAAACCCCUGAGCUUUACUACUCAAAACUGCUGGGCAUAUAAGAUAAACCAAAGGUAAUUGUAAACAAAAUUAAAAAAAAUAAAAGAUGUAGCAUUUGUUCAUGUAAUGUAUAGAAUCUUUGCCAAGAGAUACUGGAGUCUUAAUUGGUCUGCAGUUAUAGUCCAUUCAAUUGGGCCAGAUUACACAUUUCACUAAUACAGUUAACCUUUGUGGUUAUACAUUAAGAAAUAUAGCAAGGAAGGAAGGAAGGGACAAUUAAUUCGCUCAAUAGCUUGCACCCUAACUGUUUUGCAAACAGUCAACACUGCAUCCACAUUGUGUAAUAUGCACUGCAUGAGCAAAUUCAAUUAUAAACGUUUAUGAUACAAUUACACUGUAGUACAAAAAGAUCACAGUAGUAUCUUUGCUUUCUUUACCAUUAUCAACAGAUUCCCCAAAAUGGUGCUUCCAGUUAAAAAGGAUCAUAAUCAUGUUAUACAUCGCAGUUCUAAUGGUUUUCAUAAAAAAACUUAGUUUGAUAAUUUCUUGCUUCACUGGUUUACUUUGAACAGGAUUUUGUUCUGCAAUAAGCUAUUCCUCAUUAUUUACAUUGAAUUAUAGUCAACGUGUACCUUGUUAACUUGUUUCAAAAUGUACUGACAAUCUUUCUAAAUUAAAAUGUUGAUGCUACAUGCUAUGUUGAUAUACAAUUAGGUUAUAUAUUAAGGUCCAAUUUGAACUAACUGUAUUUAUAAAUGUUAUUAACUUGGCUAUGUUUAAAUGGUACAGUGACUUGUGAAUUGUACUGAUGAUACACAUCUUAAUCUGUAUUUUUAAGCAGAUUUUUUAUUUUAUUUUUCAACAUCAGCUUCAGACAUUUUCUUAAUGACUUUGACUAUCUUUUUAGUUAGAGUCAUGUGUUUAUGAGUUUAGUAUUAGUGGAAGUGCAAAGUUGCAUCACUUUUAAGUAAAUGUAGUCAAAUAUGACCAUGCAGUUUUUAAAAGUGUUGUGACACCUGUAAAAUGAGUCAGACUUAAUUUCAUAAGUCAUUAUCUGUAAAUUGAUGACCAGUUUUUUAAACAAUUGGUAUGAUGUGUUUCUGGUCAGGGUUUGUGUAAACUGGGGGUUUGUUUGUGCUACUUUGCAUAUUAUUAAAAACGACAAAAACAUG